AUGAACUCCUUCCUUCUCACGUUAAGUUUAGUCGGUAUAUUAUCGUUAACAGACACCGAUGCGACCAGAACGCCUUCGUUGAAAACCAUCGAUCAAGCGGUCAGAGAAUGUGGCAUACUGUGGAAUGUUUCGCCAGAUUUUUUCGAAGACUUUGUCCGCACGGGAAGCGGAAACUCAACCGAGCUGAAGGAACUGGUAAGAUGCGCGAGCAUAUGGUGCCGGUGGUGUAACGUAUCGGCGCAUGACGUAGUGUAUGAAGUGCUACAGAACUACUUCAACCCCAGUCCAAAUGAUCAGUGCUUCCUCAAUCGUACGGAAAGAUGCAUGAAAGCGGCAUUGAAGGAUUUGCCAUACACAGCCGUUUUGGAACGAGCCUUUGUCAGCUUUUUGUGCUAUUUCAAUCAGUAUGGAAACUUGAAUCGAUCCGUGCAAUAUAUCCCAUCAAUGCCACCUCAGGAACAGCAGGUAGCGCUCGACACGCUAAGGAUCCAUAGUGUCCCUCGUGAGACGCUGAAAGACUUCAACGAAGGCGUUUUCCAGGAAGGAACCUUUGAGUGUUUACUGAGAACUUUGCUGGUAAGGCUUAAUUUGUACAGCGACACAGAAGGACCCAACGUGAAGCGCUUGUAUAACCAGGAUGGAAACGAAGGUUAUCUUACACCGGAAACCGCGGAAUGUGUGGUAGAAGCUAGAAAGAGCUGUUUGGGCGACAGGUGUGAGUUGGCGCAAAUUACGGUGAAAAACUGUCUACCUCAGGUGUAUGAUGAAACGGUGAAUCUGAUAAAGAAUGCAGCUAAAAUGUUAUUACAGCAAAUCUAA